UGCCCAUCAAAAAAGGGAAUAUCCACAGAAUUCAAUAGCGUCCAUUUUGUUACUCUAAUUGAAAAGAUACAUAACAAAACAACAAACUCCCAAAAUUUAAUCUUCUGAAAGCUAUUAGUAUACCACAUACAGACCAAAAGAUCCCUAUCCAAUUUCAAUCUACCCUCAUCCAACUUCCAUUCUAAAAGAUAAACUAAACAAUUAAGUUGACCAUAGCUUGCCACAUGGCGACAACCCCAGUUGGCCAAGUCAUGGCAGUUCUCCAGCCUACUCAAACUACCUAUAGCCACAAGCAUUUUGCCAUAUUGUAAAAAAUUUAAAUAGAAAAAGUGAGGACAACUAUGCUCCACCAACUAAUUUGGAGACCAUAUAGGAGUGUGUGUAUAUAUAUAUAUAUACCAACACCAAUGUUGCACAUUCUAACAAACCAAAAACACAACACUUACCUAAAUUCUUACACAUCUAGUUCUGACCAAAUUUCUUCUUCUGAUAUAAAUGGAUUGGACAAGAGGCCAUACCAUAGGCCGCGGCUCUUCAGCUACCGUCUCGGCGGCCAAGUCAAUUUGGUGCGAUGAGGUUUUUGCUGUCAAGUCAGUGGAGCUAUCCGAGUCGCAGUUGUUACAAAAAGAACAGAAAAUUCUGUCCCAAUUGAGCUCCCCUUAUAUAGUUAUCUACAAGGGUUACGAUGUUACUAAAGAGAAAGACAAACUCACGUUUAAUCUUAUGAUGGAAUACAUGUCGGGCGGCACAAUCUCCAAUGCAAUUCGGAAACAAGGCGGUCGGAUUAAUGAGCAGUUGAUAGGGUGUUAUGCGAAGCAAAUUCUUCUAGGAUUAGAGUACCUACAUUCAAGAGGCAUAGCACACUGUGACAUUAAGGGGCAGAACAUUUUGUUAGGUAAAACCGGUGCCAAAAUUGCUGACUUUGGUUGUGCUAGGUGGGUUGAUGCUGCGGAAAGGGACGAUGGCUCUGCGGCUGGUUCCAUCGAGCAAUUUGGUGGGACCCCAAUGUUCAUGGCACCGGAGGUGGCACGCGGGGAAGAACAGGGGUGUCCUGCUGAUAUUUGGGCAUUGGGAUGUACAAUUGUUGAAAUGGCCACAGGUAGAUCACCAUGGACUAAUAUGACAAACACAGCUUCAUUACUUUACCUAAUUGCAUUUUCUGGGGAAUCCCCAGAAAUUCCAAAGUUCCUCUCUUUACAAGCAAAGGAUUUCUUAUACAAAUGCUUGAGAAGAGAUGCAAAAGAAAGAUGGACAGCUAAAGAACUCCUUAGACAUCCAUUUCUUGAAGAAUCCUACUCGAAUUCCACGAUAAAUCAAGAUUAUGCGACAAGUUCCCCAACAAGCAUUCUUGAUCAAGAUAUAUGGAAUUCAGUAGAGGAAUCAGAAAAAAUGAAUCAUUCAAUACAAACAGUAAGCUCAGCUCUACAAAGGGUAAGAGAAUUAGGUUCGAAUUCCAGAGAAUCGAAGUGCGGAUGGAAUGAUGAUCAGAUAUGGAUCACAGUCAGAAGCACCAUCAGUCAAUAAGUAGCUAAUAUAGCAAUGACAGCUAACACUCUUAUUGUAAAUUUUGGGAAAUACAACCAUUAAUCUCUCUCCUCGUUUCCCCAUUUUGAUGAUUAAUUGAUUAAUCGAUGAUAAUGGGGGAGCGUGACGAAGGUGAUAAUUGAAUAAUACUUCUACACGCGAUUUAUACGAUACAGUUUGAUUUGAUAUGGAAUAUAUAACAAAACGAGUAAGACUUUUGACAUUUGUUUUGCAAUACAAGUCUUGGAUAUUCUUUAACUAUAGAUUAUCUAGAAUAAUUUGUUUUUAAAAAAAAUAUUUCCAAAAUAAUGUGAUGUAGAUACGUAAUUUUAUCCCUCAUUUUACCGUAGACAUCCAUAUGAUAUGUUCCACACAAUAACAAAUCCAACAAAAUUCACACCUACCCUACCUCUACCCUCACAUGUUUUUUUCCGUUUUUUCCCCAUUUUGUUUCCCUUAACAAUUAUACAAAAAAGGAGAAUUUCCACACACAUAUACACACAAUUCUCCAUUUCACACACGCACUCUCACACUACACACAGAAAUAUCACACAUACACCAGACAUAUAAACACAGACUACACAUCAGAGAAGGGGGAUUUUCCAUUCUAUCACACACAACAAUAAUUCACACAACACACUGAUAUACACAUUCCACCGGAGAUAAUGGAGUGAGUUUUGAGAGAGAUUGAGCAAGAAAGAGAGCUAGUGAACGAGAGAGAGGGAGAGAAUCGGAAAGAAAUCGGGAAAAGUGGUAUAUCACAGCAGCCGGUUUAGAUUUUCCGGCGAGGUAUCGCCGGAAAACGUAUUCCACAGUUGAUCCUCUCCGGAAAACAACCCAAAAAUCAGUUCCACCAACCUAAACACCAAAGUAGCGACCAAAACUCCCCAAACCACUAACGAGUUCCUGCAAUUCAGCCGUUAAAUCACUGACGCUUACUGUUUCAGCGACGAAACCACCACCAGCGAAUCGUUCAAUUGCGGGAAUACCAUCGCCGUCAGACGACCACUACUACCCUCGCAAAACCCACUGAAAAUCAAACCAAACAGACCCAACAUCAUCGAGAUCAAACACGGGUUCUCUCUAUUACGCAAUGUUUGGGUUCGGAUUGGUGAAAUAUUAAGACGGGUAGAAAUCGAGUUGGUUCAUAGUUGCAGCUGAGGCUUGAUUUGAGGUUUUCGGCUGGUUUUUAAAUCUGUUCGGGGUUAAAUUCGACACCGAGUUGGGUUUUGUUUAAAGUCGAGUUAAUUCGAGGUUCCGAAUCCGCUAAGCUCCAAUGUUUAAUUGAAUGGAAGCGGCAUUAAGAUCCAUUCUUCAUCUCAUUCUCGAUUAAUCUUCAUUAUUUGAUACUUUAUGUGGUAAAUUCAUGGCGUGUGAAUAUUGCUUCAUAUGAUUUGAUUACGUUUGGAUUA